AUGACAAUGAAGACUUAUUUAUUAAAUAGAAUCACGGGUCGAAAAUUCCGCCUCAAUGGUAUUCGACCGUCCACUCGUCUGCCGCAUAAACAACGCUUGCGUCAGUCAUUUCAGAAUUUUAUUGUCUACAGUGCCGACCAACUUCCACCUAAGGUUGACCUUCGAUCACAUAUGUUACCCAUUGAGGAUCAGUCACAAAUUGGUAGUUGCGCUGCAAACUGCCUUGUCGGCGUGUAUCAAUAUUUAAACAAACAAGAAAACGAGGAGAACAUAGCUUUCAGUCCUUUGUUCCUUUAUUACAAUGGUCGUGCCAAAGAAAAUCCAUCAGGCAUAACGGAUUCUAGUUGUACAAUGACGAAUACCGUUGAAGCUCUAGAAGAAUCUGGAGUUUGUCUCGAAUCAAUUUGGCCAUAUAAUAUUUCACAAUUGAAUACUAAACCAAGCGCUGAAAUCUAUUCAGACGCGAAAGGCCAUAAAAUCAUCGACGCACUGCAAGUGGACGUCGAUUUGACGGAAAUGAAAUCAUGUUUGGCACAAGGAUUUCCAUUUGUAUUUGGUUUAAAGUUGUUUCCAUCAUUCGAUAAAGCAGGAAAGACAGGUGUUGUUUCGAUGCCGAAUUCAAACGAUGAAAGUCAACCUUCUGAAAACAAUCACGCACUUCUAGCAGUCGGAUAUAGUGAUAAAUCACAAUCAUUUAUUGUUAGAAAUUCAUGGGGAGAGGACUGGGGUGAUAAAGGAUAUUGUUAUAUUCCAUACAAUUAUGUCACCAAUAUUGAUUAUUGUUUUGACGUAUGGACUGUUCGUCAAUUGGCGACCGAUGACUAUGGUCAAGAUCAUUGGGACAAUACUGAUUCAGUCGAUUAUCAGCAAUCCAAAAACAGUGAUGAUGAAAAUAAUAAGGAUGGCAAUCAUGUUAUCCAGAAUAUUGACGAGGAUGAUGAUAAAGAUGUCACUGCGAAGUAG